GUCAGAGACACAGAUUUGUUAUACUUUUGUAAUUCUGUGUGGUGUAAUCUCUCUAUACAUAAACUGAAUGGUAAAAUGCAAACACAUUGUAAAUAUGUAUCCUCAAUUAUUGUAUUUAAGCAUAAUUAUGGAACACGUGAGUUUUCCCAAUUUUUGCUACUUUAUACAGUUAUCAGUACAAACAUUUGAACAGCUAUAGUUACCUACAAACCUCUAAUUUACAAUAUGAUAAAUUUAUGGAAUCCAAUCGAUUUCACCAGAUAAAUCGAACCAAACAGAAUACAAUAUCAAAAAUUAUCUCUAAUGCUAAAUGUACAUAGAUAUUAUUAUGAGAAGCAUUGUUUUUGCAUAAUGAGUAUUUUUACUUUUAAUCAGAGGUGGAAUAGGUGUUUGUGAUUUUGUAAAUUACAAGUACAGUACAGUAGUAUUAUCAACAAAAUUAAGUGCUCAUUAUGUAAAAUGGCUUUAGAGUUUUUCGAUUCUAAUAUUUCAUAAUUGAAUUAUUGUUAUUAUAUGGGGUGUGGCAGUGCCGACUUAAAGAAUAGCGACCCUAUGGAUUGUCUUGUUGAGAUGAGGAUGUAUGGACACUUAAAUAAUUACACAACCAGCACCAUAUGGAAACAUGGACAAUUAUAAAGCAGCAGCAACAGAUGUAAGAAAAUGCUAAAGUACUACAUCACAGUGCACAAGUUAGAGGAUCCCAUUUCACUGGAAUAGUACAAUGUUUAUUUUCCACGCGACACAUAAACGAUAAUUGACCUAGUGAACGAGAAUAAACAAACUCGCCCCGCCCUCGAACGCCACGAGCCAAUCACAUUUCGCGCAGCUACGCAACGCACGCGGACAUCCUGCUUCAUAGAAAAGUAUCACAAAUUUUGAUUUUCCCACGAUUUUAUUUGAAUUUAAGCAGCUACAGCGUAAAAAAGGCCAAACAUGCAUGUGGUAAAUGUAGCACUUAUAGGUAUCCCGAGAGGUUAUUGAAUGGAGUGUAUUUUAUAUUGUUCCCUAAACCUCAAAUAAACAGAAAAGCGUCUUCUCUGGAUUAAGUUGUGACAUGUAACGAAGAUAAACGAGGACGUCUACUUUUGUUCUAAGACAAAGCGAUAGGAAGGCCCGAUGUCAUGGAGAGAGAUACACAUAUCUCUGCUGGACACACACAGCAGCUGGAAGUGAGUCCUGGAAACAAGUGCCUUAUCUCCAUAAACAGGACCCUCACUGUUGACAACCCCCUUCAAGAUUUAUCUUCACACCAUCCUGAAGAACCACACGGCUCAUGCUUGUGAAGGAGAAAUGCUCGUCAUCGAGUGUCCCUCCAGGACGUCUGUGGCUGUCCUCUCUGCUUUCUACGGACGUCGUGUUCCUAAUCAGCAUUUAUGUCCCUCUGCAAACCCAAACACGACUGCGGAGGAGGAUUACGAAUGCACUUCUCCAGUUGCAGUCGAGAAAGUCCUAUCAGAGUGUCAGGAUCGGCGGUCCUGUCACAUCCCCGUCUACAGUCCGGUGUUUGGGCAGGACCCCUGUCCUCUCACCAGCAAGUAUCUUCUAGUCUCCUACAAGUGCAGACCAGAGCACCACCGCACGAGGCUGGUGUGUGAAAAUGAGCGUCUGAGGCUGAUUUGUAAAAACGAGACUGUCCUGGCAAUCUACUCGGCCACAUUUGGACACCUGCUGCACGGCAGUCCUUACUGUCCUCAGGAACCUGGAUCACACAGUGACAUGGAGUGUUUGUCACCCUCGGCUCUGAGGAAGGUGUCCCGCAGGUGCCAUGGCAGAGCGAACUGCUCAGUGCUGGCCGAUACUUUAACCUUUGGGGACCCGUGCUUCCCCGGCACCAGGAAACACCUGCGGGUGUCCUUCACUUGUGUGCCUCGGUAUCUUCUGGAAGAUGUGGGUCGAGGGUCGACGGAUCCUUUCAUGAUCUCAGACUACACACACGGUGGAUGGUACACUGGCCCCACCUACAGGCCUCAAAACGUGCUCUUAACCAACUCUCUGGAGAUCAUUGACAAAAUAUUGGAUCUCCCGGAGCGAGUGGCUCUGUAUUUUGUCUCUGGAAUCUGUGCCGGUCUGGUUUUCCUGCUCUGUCUGUUUGGUAUUCGCUCCACAUUGGUGAAGGAUGUUAAAGAGCUCGUUUCAGAACUGAAGGAUGAGCUGAAAGAUUCUCGCAGACGGCGAAAAGAGCUCAUGGAGGACCUCUUUGAUGAUGACAUCUCAGACACGUCAUCUUUCCGUCGCCUCACACAAUCCUACCGUACAACAGAAAUCCUCGGUCCAUCCACUCUGACAGUAGAGAUGGUCGAUCGUGGAGUGGAACAGACGAGGGAUCUGCCCAACGGAGACAUGUGGCCACAUCGGGACUCCAGCCCAUAUGCCAUUCAUAAGAUUAAAACCUACAACAACUGAGAGAAGUUAUUUAAGAAGAAUGAUUGCUAGAGCGUCUUAAGUUGUGGACUGAAAUGACACGCAGACAUUUAUUUUAGUUUUAAAACAUGAUGCUUCUUUAUCUAUAUAUUGUCAUUAAUGAAUAAAUGACUCAAAACAAUAAUGAGUGAAACAUAAAGUUUUUAUGAGCUAAAUCAUUAACAUCAGACAAUUUGCUCUGUAAAUUAAUUUUAAAUGCAAAAGUAUUAUAGAAAAUAAAAUAAAAAUCAGCAUCAACUACUUUUGUGCCCACAAUUGUUCUGGUUUGAGGAUGUCAUGUAAAAAUGUUGAGACCAGUAUAUACUGUACAUUACAAAUCAAGUCAUGUUAAAUAAUAAAGACUGUUUUACUGGGGUGA